CUUUGCCUCAGGUCUUUUUCCUCCAGAUUUUUACUUACAUCCUAGGUUCGUUUACCCUGCUGCAUCUUCCUCUUUCCUUCUGCUCAACUGGGGUUGUCAUUGCAACAGACCCCCUCACCCAUUCUCCUCACCAUCAUCCACUCUCCCAAACACCGUUCAGCAAAUAUCAGGCAAGCUGUCUCUUCUUCCCUCAAAAGCGUCUCUUAGCUGGACAGCUGGUCUUCCGCUGUCCCUCUGGAGGAUGAUCCUGUGGAUGAAGACAGAGGAGAUGGCCCUCGGUGAGCUGCUAGUGAGACUGAGGACCGUCACCCAAAGCAUAGAUGAGAUCAUGCAGCUGGACAGCAGUCCCCUCCAUGCUGCUGACAUCACUCCCGACCUCAAAAAGAAGUUCGCCUUCCUUUCAGGAGGAAGAGGAGAUAAUGGCAGCCCCAUCAUUGUGUUCCCAGAAUUCCCUGCAUUUGGAGAGAUCACAGACAGGGAGUUUCACAACGUGCUGACCUACCUGACAAGUGUGCCAAGCUUGUCUUCAACAAGCGUGGGGUUCAUCCUGGUCAUUGAUCGCCGACAAGAUCGAUGGGCAGCUGUAAAGGGGACCCUGCUUCGCAUUGCAGGUGCCUUCCCAGGGAACCUCCAGCUGGUUCUGGUUCUGAGGCCCACGACCCUCCUGCAACGAACACUCUCUGACAUCCUGUUCAAGUUCAACAAGGAGGAGUUCAAGAUGAAGGUGCCGGUGAUCAUGCUGAGCUCCAUAACUGAGCUGCACUCCUAUAUUGAUCGCACUCAACUGACCCAGGAGCUUGGGGGAACACAGGAGUACUGCCAUGAGAAGUGGAUCUCUCACCGCACAGCUAUUGAAGGCUUUGCACUGAUGGUAAAGAAAACGGCACAGAUCCUGCAGUCAUUUGGGACUGAGCUGGCAGAGACUGAACUGCCAAAUGAAAUUCAGGCCACAACCAUCCUUCUGAGCACGCACACCAGCAAGAAAGAAAAAAUGAAGGAGGAUAUACUGGUCGCUCUGGGUCAGGGCAGCAGACUGUUGGAGAGCAUCAACGAGCCUGUAGUGCGAGACCCCGACCACAACAUGAACCAGGAUGAACUGGAGAACCUGGCUACAGUUCAAAGAUUGCUGUCUCAGCUGGAUGAGACGGAACGAGCUUUUGAUGAGUUCUGGGUGAGGCAUCAAACCAAACUAGAACAGUGUCUCCAACUGCGCCACUUUGAGCAUAACUACAGAGAGGUGAGGGCUCUGCUGGAUCAGGUGUCUGAGAAACUUGCAACCUUCUCCGAGGUUGGGAUCAGUCCAGCCCAUGCUGACCAUAUCUUUAGCGAACUCACGACCUAUGAGGAGAAAGUCUGUGAGGUUCUGGACAGAGCUACAGCCUUGUCUCAUGAGGGUGAUGAGCUGAUCCAAAAGUCACACUAUGCUGAGGACUCCAUUCAGCCCAAAUGCAGUGAGCUUAGAACAAUCAGUGAAACUGUGAACAGCAAUCUGAGAGCCAAGAAGGACCAUCUCCUCAAAGCCAUGGAGCUCCACCACCGGCUGGAGCGGGCAUCAAAGUGGGUUGAUGAUGGUAUAUACCUGCUGGCAUCUCAGCCGGUAGACAAGUGUCAGUCACACGAGGGCGCGGAGUUGGCCCUGCAAGAGCUGGAACGUUACCUGGAUAAUGCAGGCGAGAAUCAGCUGACAGACCUCAGCACCAUCUGGAAAGACUAUGAGGCAGUGCUGAAUCAGCAGUUCAGGGACCAAGUGGAGAAAGUUUUCCAGAAGCAGGUCUCCAUGCAGGAGAUGUUUGACAAGAGGAGGGUCAGCCUCAAGAAGCUAGCAGCUAAACAAACCAGGCCCGUGCAGCCUGUAGCCCCGAGACCUGAAGCCUUCAUCAAGUCCCCUCUCAGCUCACCAGCACGCAGAGCAAAGCAGGAGAAAAAAUGCUCAGAGACAGAUUUGGGCAACAACUGCGAAAAAGGAAACGGCCAUCUGAAGAACGGAGACAGUGGCAGCAGACAUGCCUCUCUGUCAGAGGAGGAGGAGAACCUGGCAGUGCUCAGGCGACAUGUUAUGAACGAGCUGCUGGAAACUGAGAGGGCUUAUGUGGAAGAGCUGCUCUGCGUCUUACAGGGAUAUGCCUCUGAGAUGGAUAAUCCAGCAAUGUCUCACCUUAUCCCUGCACCUUUGCAGAACAAAAAGGAGGUUCUGUUUGGCAACAUGCCAGAAAUUUACCACUUCCACAAAAGAACUUUCCUGAGGGAGUUGGAGCAGUACACAGACUGCCCAGAGCUGGUUGGAAGGUGCUUCCUAGAGAGGAUGACAGACCUGCAGAUCUAUGAGAAGUACUGUCACAACAAACCUCGCUCCGAGAGCCUGUGGAGGCAGUGCUCAGACUGCGCCUUCUUCCAGGAGUGCCAGAAAAAGCUGGAGCAUAAACUGGGUUUAGAUUCGUAUCUCCUAAAGCCAGUUCAAAGGAUUACCAAAUACCAGCUGCUGCUGAAGGAAAUGCUGAAGUACAGUAAGGGCUGUGAAGGGGCUGACGACCUGCAGGAGGCGCUGACCUCCAUCGUAGGGAUCCUGAAGGCUGUAAAUGACUCCAUGCACCUGAUCGCCAUUACAGGAUAUGAGGGUAAUCUGAGUGAACUGGGUAAACUGCUUAUGCAAGGAUCAUUUAGUGUGUGGACCGAGCACAAGAAAGGCCAUGCCAAGGUUAAGGAUCUGGCCCGUUUCAAGCCCAUGCAGAGACACCUCUUCCUCCACGAGAAGGCCCUGCUCUUCUGCAAGAGGAGAGAGGAGAACGGGGAGGGUUAUGAGAAAGCUCCUUCAUACAGCUUCAAACAGUCUCUGAGUAUGAGUGCUGUGGGCAUCACUGAGAAUGCAAAAGGAGACAACAAAAAGUUUGAAAUUUGGUGCAACUCUAGAGAAGAAGUCUAUAUUGUUCAGGCACCAACAGCUGAAGUGAAAACCACUUGGGUAAAUGAGAUCAGGAAGGUUCUGACGACCCAGCUGGAGGCAUGCAGAGAAGCAAGCCAGCAGAGGGCACCAGAGCAGGCCGCCCAUGUUCCACCUGUUCCCACUGGAAACAUAAGUCUCAGCCCAUUCAAGUCGAGCCAGAAGAGCAAUAAAAAGGGAGAAGAGAAGAAAGCUGAGCCCUGCAGUCCUGAUGUCAAUUCCUCUUCUUCUGUAAAGCCUGCAGGAAAAGAUGAGGGUGUGACAAGCCCGACCUCAGACAGAGCUGCUGUGGCUAAAAAGCGCUUUACUUUACAGGGCUUCAGUAACCUCAAAGCUCAGAAAGGAUCUCCCACCAGCCCAGAUCACAAGACAAAACGCCAGAGUGAUCCUACGCCAUUUGGCUUCAAAGAUGCAGGUCCUCCAGCCCUCCACCUGACCAGAGCCAGGUGGUUCAGCACCUCUAGUCUCUUACAGACAAAGUGGAGAGGCUGGAACAAAGCCUCCCUGUCACUAGAUGCCUCAGAGGAGCAUGAUGGCUAUUCCAGUGCUGAGGAUCCUCUUAACUCUGACCCAGAAGAGGAAAAUGGCAAGAAACUGUGUGCUGGAAAAUACACCGUGAUGGCUGACUUUGAGAAGGGUGGUGCUCAAGAGCUCUCAGCGAAGAGCGGAGACGUACUGCAGCUGGUCAAGGAGGGGGAUGACGGACAGUGGUUUGUGCGUAACUUAAACACAUCUAAGGAGGGCUGGAUUCCUGCUGCUAAUCUUAUCAACCUCAUCGGAAAAUCAAAGUCUUGUCAGUCUCUCACCAGCUCAGAAGGCAGUGGCUCUGGGAACCUCAGCACGUCAUCCAGCUACAGCGAGACCUACACGAGCUUCUCUGACAUCAAACCCUGAACUACUCAGCACUUUCUUUAUCACCAAACUGCCAUCAUUCCUGCAUCAUGUGGCUAUCUGUACUAUAUUGCCAACAUCAUCUGUACUCAUAAAUUUUGUUAAUUUUCCACAUAAAACAGAAGUCACAAAGGUACCUAUGGUUUUAUAAAUUCCUGGAUAACUGCCAGUGGCAGUAAAGAAAGUAGCUAUGUCUCCUCACAGUCUGCGCAGGUUGAGAUCUUCUAUAAACAAAGUCAUAUGCAUAGUGUGUAGGCUACCUGUGCACAUAUGCUGUAAAUACCACAUAGCAGGCUACAUUCGGCCUCUCACAAUCUUCUCACACCGAAACAUUACAACUGACCAGUGAGACGGGCAGUCAACCUUGCAAAUGUGCAGACUGUUCCCCAGGAUGCUGCUACACAGAUUACCCCUAACAGAACACUCCUCAUUGCUGGCCAGGAGCUGGCAUAAUUAACAUGGUGGGGUGACAAGCAACAUUUGGCAACUGCAUUAUCCCAGAGGCUUCCAAUACAAAAUGCAGGGCUGACAAUGAGUGUGUGGAACUCACCCACACUCCCUGACUUGUGUCUCAAAGACAUUCCUGCCAUGGGCUCAAAAGGUGACUUGCCCAGGGUCUGCAUGACCAUGACGAAUUCCUUGUUGUAGCACACCUGACCCUGAGAGGUCAUACCUCCUGACACCAUGCAGAAACUGUGACACCAAGAAAUCCAUGAUAACUGGCCUACCAUCAAUAUGGUUAUGGUAUAGCCACCAUAUCAACCUUCAAACCAGUGCAGCUGGACUCAAAAAGGUACUGCAAAUACUGUAGUAUGUCCUACAAAGGUAGGAGACCGAGUCCAAAUCCCCAUCCCUGUAUUAUGAUGAAUGCUGUCCAACAACUUUGAUACACCAUGCUGCACAGUAUCACAAAUUGAAAGCUGAAGAUCAGUGAAGAGUGACUGCUUUCUUCUCAGUAGCAAAACCCAGCAAGAGCAGGCCUGGGGUUAGAUGUCAUACCUUCCCAUCUAGAUAGGAGAAGAGGUCCCAGCUAGAUGGGAAGCUGUGGGACCACAGGUCCCUGUCCAGUACACUGAGGAGUGUGGAGAACCAAAUCCUCAAUGGCCACCCUGAGAUCUGACUGUCUCACACUGUGAAGCAGGGGCAUUAAAGAGGAUUGAAGGGUAGGCAUAAAGAAUACCCUUCAGCCAGGCACUGGUGAGAACAUCCAUCCCAGAUUACGUUAAUCUCUGCCAACCCAUAAAGGGCAAUGUGGUGCAUUCUGACAGGAAAUGGUCCACCUGGGCAACCACCAACACCCACUUCCAUGGGAAUUGCCAACACAGGCCAUAUGAGGAGCAACAUUGUAAGCCUAUGAGAAAAGGCUGUCAGCGAUCUGGUGUUCGGGAAGGCGGACUUUAUCCAGUGUCUCAUCAGGUGAGAGAACUAGUGAGGCAACAAACAGGUCCACAGCAGGCAUGUGACCCAAGCCAUGCCUGCUGUGGACCCGUGUUAAUGCUUCAGCUCUUCCAAAAAUGCAAGUGAGGGGCCCAUCAAAAGAAAGGGACGCCUACAAGGUGAACAGCUGGUGUGUCAUCCAGCCCAAACCAAGCUAUAGCGGCACAUAGGGUUGCCUGCAAUGUAGCAACUACAGAACACAAGUGAAACCUCCAGCCAACUUACACAUACUACAAUACUGUAAUGCAGCUCUGCAUAAAACAGCCAGUCAGUUAGGUUUGUCACACUAGCUGCUAACCUGCUCCUCAGCUGCCUAUGUCAGUUACAAACUAGCUAGCCAAGUACUGGUUACCGCUCAUGACUGGAACAUCUACCAUGCUGGGUGGAAGCAAUUAAUGCAACAGACCGUUUAAGACAGUCAUUGUAGCUACUGAGAGAGCCAGUACACGGAAGACUGACAACCUCCUGAUAGAAAAGAAAGAAAUGCAGGAUACUUUUUUCAGCCACAGCCUUAGAGGGCAAAUGACUUGCUGGAAGACAACUGGUACAUCGAAGGAAUGCUUACCUUCCCAAGUAGACUAUAGUUCACGAGGAGACAUAUCCAGUUUGUUUACUGCCACCGGCAACCAGGGAAUGAAACAGAACUGUAUUUUUUCAUUAUUCUAGCCUCACACUUCAUACUGCGAAUAUGUCACGUUUACUGUGAAGAAACAGAACACACACAUAUGGUAACUUCACUGUAUAAUUCUGUCAUGGAGACAGAAGAUCCAUGUGAUGAUAAUCUAACAGAUGUAUGAAUGGGCCAGCAGGACUGAUCUCAGUCAAUGCAUCUAUUUAUGUGCACACUAAAAGUGGGGAGAGAUUAGUGGACAGCAAUUGUGUUUGUGUUCAUGCACACUCAUUUACCCAGGAGUUUAUAUUUUAACUCUAAAUGAAAAAGAGGGAGAUUUACAGUUUCUUUAGCUUGAAUGAACUGUUCCUGAGAGUCACCUCUCUGUCCCCUUUUUUCUCUUUUUUUUCCAGUGUUUAUUUAUUUGUAUGAAACACCCACAGCAGCAGUAUUCAGCAGCUCUUUAAUUGUCUUGCUGUCUAUUAACUCUCCUCCUGUCAGUUGUCAGUCUGUCAUUAGAAACCUGUUCUGCCACCAGCUUUCCAGAGUUUGUGUGUGAGCUUUUGUCCUUUCCUGAUAGCCUCAUGGUCAAGCUCUUUGUGCGUUUUCAUAUAUGCUAAAGUUUUAAAACUUUGUUUCCAUGUGAAUGAUGAGAGAUCACUGUAUAGGUUAACUUAUUCCCAGCAGAGGGACCAUCUUUGGAAUGUAGAUAUUGUUUAUUAAUAUGUGUCUGUCAUGAAAUGUUUGCUAAAGGAGAUGCUAUA